AUGCCGACUGCGAUGCCACUGUUGUGCGGCUGUACGCUACGACGGCCGCAGGCUGAAUACACAACACGGGGUUUUCUGAUGAUCGAAGGACUGGUGGCGGGCAGGCUGUACGGUGAUGUGGAGCAGCGCACGGACAAGGCGGGCAAGCCUUUUACUGUUGCCAGGGUGCGUGCCAGCACCGGUGAUGGGGAGGUGCUGUUCGUGAAUGUCAUUGUGUUUGAUGCGGCUGCACGGGCCGAUAUCGGCCGUCUGGUAGAGGGGGAUGCAAUCUCUCUGACCGGGGCGCUCACUCCGCGCGUAUGGACAGACAAGCAAGGCAACACGCGACCUGCACUGGACAUGGUGGCCCGUCGGAUACUGGCCCUGCCGGUGGACGGAGAGGGCUCUCACGUCAAUCCCGUUGGAUGA